AUGCUUUCCUUUCAUUUCUGGCAGUCCCAGGGUCGACCCGCAGAUGCUACUUUUUUGGUGGCUGAUGGCAUUCAGACCCCCAGCCGCCGGUGCCAGACAAGCAACUGGACAGGACAGCUCAGCAACACGACACUGGCCACAGUCGCGGCCAGAGCCCCAGCCCCCUGGCCACAGACCACCACUGCUGCCUCUCCCGGGAGUCUUCCCACCUCCCUCCGGCUUGUCAAGGCCCCAUCGCAGGGGUUGAAGAACUGGGCGGUGGUGGCAGCUGUGGCAGUGGUACCUACAGCCCUGGGGCCAGCCCAGGCACGUGGGACCCUGCUUCAGGCUACUCUGCGGCCCCUCCAGGACCAGAGGGGGACCCAGGAGAGUCCCGGCGCUCACCCCUGCAUCUUCUUGUCGCUGAAACCUGGACAGGGGCUCCGAAUGGAAGACGGCACUCCUGACUUGGACUCUCAAGCCAGCCUGGUGGCUACGGAGGACCCGAUGACCCGAGCUCAAAACAGCCCUGAGCGCAGGCAGCAGCUGCGGCCGCCUCCCGAGCCUUCAGCCUUCUCGCAGAGCGAAGCUAAGUAUGUGGAGAUGUGUGCUUCAGCUGGGGUCCGGAGGGAGAGUCCCCAGACCACGAAACUGCCGUGGGAGCACGGCCCUGGGGAGAAGGCCUCGAAGGGCCCAAACGGAAAAGCCCAACUUGAAGCCAGCAGUCAUGAGCGUGAGGCUCCAAUGCCAGGGAAGAGUCCUUCUUCCUCCCAACACCCCGGCUCCCGCAGCACUGGUGAGAGUGGUGACUUCUCCUCUUCCUCCUCUUCCCCUGUGGACCGAGCAGAAGAGGAUGACCUUUCCAAAACGGAUGAUCGUACCAGGUUAUUGGGGGCUUUGACCACCUCCUCUUCAUCGUUAGGCUUUGAGAGUGAGACCGAAAUGGGCUGCCAACCCAAGGGAGAAGGGGUGAAAAGUGGAGCAAGAGCAGGGGAGGAAGGAGGAGGAGGAGGGAUCAGAGAUGGAGCAGAAUGCAAAGACAUUAUUGCCAAGUCCCAGGGCAAGAGGGACCCCCCGAGAAAUGAGGAGACACACUACAUCACCACCCAUGAGAUCCAGUUGAGUGAGGUAGAGCAGGACAUGGAUUUCGACGUGGGGCUGGCUUCCCGCUGGGACUUCGAGGACAACAACGUCAUCUACUCGUUCGUGGACUAUGCUUCCUUUGGUGGCAGUGACGAGACCCCGGGAGACAUCACCACCCCCACCGAAGAAGAUGAUGAGAACAGCUGCUACCUCAGCACCACUCCCAGCACUAACACCACCCGGACGCCCAGCCCCACCAGCAGCGACCUGGCUCGCCCCAGAGCAGGCAGCAGUGGUCCCGACACCAGCAGCACGGAAGUGGGCAGUGGCCCCUCUGACGGUGACACUGUUCCCCCACCCACUGGGCCUGGCACUGCCUCUCAGCCCUUGCUGGAGCUCCCGCAGGCAGCCUCAGGGGCACCCGCCGCUGCCACAAGCAGCUGCGGGAGUGCAGCAAGCCAGAUCCUCCUAUCAAUCAAGCCAACUUCCCGGGCUAUAAAUGAGCCUAGCAACGUGCGUGCAAAGCAAAACAUUAUUUAUGCUGCCAAGCAUGAAGGCGACAUGAGCCUCCGUGUCUCUACAGCUGCUGAACACAAUUCAAGUUCACUGAAGCAAAACUCGGCUGCAGCCGUGGCUCAGGACCAUGCAAAGAAAUUCAUUGCUGUCCCUGCUCGCCUGCAAACCAGGUGCGGGGCCAUCCGGGCAAAGGAGCUGGUGGACUAUUCCAGUGGAGCCUCCAGUGCGGUGAGCGAGCUAGACGAUGCAGACAAAGAAGUGAGGAACCUGACCUCUCGGGCCUUCCGGAGUCUCGCUUACCCCUACUUUGAGGCUCUGAACAUCAGUUCCCGAGAAUCCUCCACCACACUCUCCGAAGUGGGCUUUGGACGCUGGUCAACCUUUCUGGACUUAAAAUGCGGAGGAGUUGGAGCCAGGGUGGAACAGAGCCUUCUCAGGAGCAGUGCGGCCUCCGUGGCUGCAGGUCUGAGGAAGGGUGGUGCUGCUCGGGCAGCUGCAGACCAGCUCUACAUCCAGUCCAAGAAGUCCCAGACCAAGGCCUUGGAGUUCGUGGUCAGCAAAGUCGAGGGAGAAAUUAAACACGUGGAGACACCUCUGUGUUUCCAGAAACAGGUUCAGACUGGCUCCCGCGUGGUCACGCUGCUGGAACCCCUGAAUUUACGCAGUGAAAGCAAAGCCAGCUCAGCUACUGGGCCCUGCAAGAUCAUCAAAGGCUCCAGCAAGGGUCCGGGGUCCGUGUACACAGAUGACGGCUCAGAGGCAUCUGAGAGCAACAAGCCUGCCUCCCGCAGUGGCGGCCCCCAAAAGAAGUCCAAAUUUGCUUCCAGUCUGCUCAAAAAUGUCAUUUCCAAGAAGAUGCAGCGGGAGCAUGAGUUCAAAAUGGAGAGGGGAGAAGUCACUGACACAUCCCACCGCAACCUCCCUGGCACGUCCAAGGAGGCAGAAGGGCCUCCCGGGGCCGAGAAGCAGCGGGACAGGGGUCUGCAGAGGCAGAGCUCUCGACACUCUGAGACGGGCUCUGAGUACACUGUGGUGAGCGUGUCUGAUGGAGCUGGAGAGGGGUCCAUUGCUGGGUCUAAAUCCCCAGUUUUCAAAGCCAGCACCCCUCGAGAGAGCAGCGCAGGCUCUGGACGAAAUGUCUCUGAUGGACACAUAGAAGUGUGUGAAAUUAAGAAGAGCGCUUCAGAGACUGUGAAGGGGAUCUUCCUCCGCAGUCAGAACAGUGCCUUCCGGACAUGGAAGGAGAAAGAAGCUGAGAAGCGCGAGGAGAAAGCCCCCAUUGGGAAGCUGAAGCUCCCCAAAGGCGGGGACUGGAGGGCUGAUCUUGGGGAGAUCUCUGCCAGCAAGUCUACCAUCAUGUCUCGCCUCUUCGUCCCCAAUAUCCAGCAGACACCCAAGGACAAGCAGCCAGAGAAGCAGGCCACCAAGUACCCUGCUGCUGCCCAGGCCACCUCCAUGGCAGUGAUCAGACCCAAGGCUCCUGAAAUCAAGAUUCGGCUGGGGAGUGUACAACAGCCAAGCGGUGACUUCAACAUUGCCAAGUUGCUUACACCCAAGCUGGCCGGAGGCAGCACCUCGAACCUCUUCAAGACGGUUGAAGACAACAGCAGGACGCAGCAGAAACUCUUCCGUGGUGGGGACAAUCUGGAAAAAGUGCCCCAGUUCCAGGUGAGAGAUGUCAGAGACAAGUCCAAAGCCCAAGGGCCUCUCCACCAGGUGAGAGAUGUCAGAAAACUAAUUAAAGGAUCAGGAGAUAGCAGUGACAAGGGCAGUGUCACCCCAGAGCAGGGACUGACAGGGCCCAAUCCCAGGCAGCUGGUGGCUGCAGCUGGUGGAUCCAGAUCUUUGUCCCCAAUAGUGAUUACAUGCCAGGCAAUCGUGAACCAGAGAGAAGACAAUGUGGACCGAGAACCCAGGGAAGGUGUGGGCAAAGCCAGCAGUGGCAGUAGGGUCUUGAACUCCUCCCCUGAAGGAACAGUCUUGGUUCAUAGGGCAUCGGGCAGGCUGCCCGUGGCCACCAUUGCACCUAAUAAACCUGAACAGGGCUCUUACCUGCCUGUGCUCAAGAUUGUCUCCAAGACUUCUGCUCAGAGGACCCCAGAGAAGCUCAAAGAAGAAGAUGUCAAGGAGGAGGGGAAAGCCCCAAAGCCAGCUCGGAAUGCCCUGGAGAAGCUCACAGCUGCCGUGAGGUCCAUGGAGGAACUGUACAGCUUCCACAGGAAUGAGUGGAAGCGCAAGAGCGACCCCUUGCCUGUGAUGGCUGACAGCCAUGUCCUGUCACUCAUUGCCAGUGAGGAGAGGGAAGGGAUAGCUGGUCCCGGAGGAGACCCUGAUAAGCUGGCCAAACGGCUGGGGGAGGUGGAAGAACGGGGCACAGGACACAAAGGUGGUGUGGUCCUGCGAGGGGCCCCCUUAGAACGUCUGCAGCGGAGAAACUCCAACCCCAGUACUGAGAGUGUGUCUGCCCGGGCAGCUGCCUUCGAGAACAUGGCCAGAGAAAGGCCCCGGUCCCUCUACAUCCCCCCAGUCAAUAAAGAUGUGGAGCGAACCCAACCCCUGCAGCCCCUUCCUCCACUCCCCAGCAACAGGAAUGUGUUCACAGUGAGUGCCAGUAGCACACAGAAAACUGGAGGUGUUGCCGGCAAGUUCCCACAAGGGCUUUCUCCAGAGAGCCCUUCAACAGCCAAGGGCAUCAAGUCACAAGGACUCCGGUCCCUCAAGAUCUCCCCAGCUACCAGAGCACCUACAGAUGAGGCCAGCAACAGGAAAAGUGGCAUCAGUUUGGAGAAGAGCAAUAGUGACUGUGAGAAUUACCUGACCAUUCCCCUCAAAGGAAGCUCUGCUUCAGGGGAGCUGCUUGGCAGGCCUGGGGCUGCCAGAGAGGGGCCCCCCAUCUCCUCGGCUGCCACUCUCUGCAGCUUACCUCCACUGAGUGCCCGCAGUCAGGUCCCCACUAGUCCCAAAGGGUCCCAGGUCAGUGGAACCAGCAAGCCAGCUUGGCGUACCAAACCUGACAACCCCCGAGAGACAGUCACUGCCCCCACAGGGCCACAGAGCCCUGAGCAUCCUCCUACUGCUGUCUACCACCAGCAGGCACUGCCCUUUACACUCCAGGGGGCCCAGCCUCAGGUCCUCUGCUUCUCCCCACCUGGAAUGCCAGUCCCAGCACCUGCAGCUCCAGCCACAGUCCCCACUGACCCCUUUCAGCAGCCACAGCCACAGCAAACUCAGCGUAAAAUGCUUCUGGAUGUGACCACUGGCCAGUACUAUCUGGUGGACACUCCAGUCCAACCCAUGACCAGGAGAUUGUUUGACCCUGAGACUGGGCAGUAUGUGGAUGUGCCCAUGACCUCCCAGCAGCAGGCUGUGGCACCCAUGUCCCUACCUGUGCCCCCGCUGGCCCUGAGUCCUGGGGCCUAUGGACCGACCUAUAUGAUCUACCCCGGAUUUCUGCCCACGGUGUUGCCCCCCAAUGCCCUGCAGCCCACACCCAUAGCUCACGCUCCAGGGGGCAGUGAGCUCUCCAUGACAGCAGAGACUCCCAGCAAAGAGGCAGCUACAUCAUUCACCGAGGCCCCCUACUUCAUGGCCUCUGGUCAGUCCCCUGCCUCCUCUUCCUCCUCAGCUCCAGCGGCCACAUCCCAGCUUGUGGGGGCCAAGGGCUUUGCCCAGCUGCAAGGCAAACCUGUCAUCAGCAUUACUUCACAGCCUUUGGGGCCACGGAUCAUUGCUCCCCCUUCCUUUGACGGCACCACCAUGAGCUUUGUGGUGGAGCACAGAUGACAAGGAGUCAGGAGAAAGAAAGGAGCAGCUUCUGGAGCAAGACAGAAAUAUGGACUGUUCUUUAACCUGAAAGUUG